AUGCCUCUGCCAUUGGCAACAUGCGAACCCCAUACUAAUCCACAUUACUCCUAUGGAAAGGGUGACUCUGAUGGCCUCCCUUCCUGCUCCCAGCCAUAUGACUUGGCGGAUCCUUGUGGUUUUCAUCCACUGCUCCUACACCGUGUGCCGUCUGCAUCCCUCUACCCCGAGGAGAUGUUGGAGCAGUGGUCCUCAAAUCUUGUCCAACCGUCCGUGGUACACUCAGAUGCAAACGAUGACAAUAUCUACACCAAGAACAGUCCUCAAUGCCCUUCUGCGCCCUCGAACAAUACGUAUGGUAACGGAACCUCUCACCGAGCUCUUCUCCGUCCCACAAGUCUGCUUCCACCAGCACCGAGAUUCACUCGACCUUUGUCAGAUACCGGCAAGGUUGAAUGUCGAUUAAUAUCAACCGGGUCAUCCAUAUGUCAUGAUACCAACACAAACUCGACCUCGACCGUGGAGAGCGAAGCGUUGAAGCGAUUGACCGCACAGAUUGGAGAUGUCUCACUAGAACAGGACACCCUCUCAACUCCCCCAACAAGCCCGAUCACUCCAGUCCCGUCCUUGACAACUUCAUGUCAAUCUCGCUCGUCGUUUGCCAUCUCUGAUAGCUCUCCCUGCACAGCGGUCGACUCUUCGCGAAACUACUUUGAGAGUCUUCUGCCGCAGGAUUCUGACAAUGCCAUGGUAUCUUCCAAGGGAACUUACGAGACCAGCAUCGGCUCUCGCGCCCAUGGCAUCAAAUCGCCACUAUCCAGUCCUCUUCUGUAUCAAGAGGAUCCGCUCUGUCGGGCACUUCAGCCCACAAAUCUGUCAAGCGGUUCGAAUCUUGGGCUACCGCGACAUAUCCUGCAUUCUGAAUUGGGGGCUACAACCAGCAAUUUGCCUCAAGCGUUUGAAAGACAGAAGGAAGUGUCUUAUAUCGAUUGGGACGACGAGGACGACCACAGGAACUACCGUUCACCGCUCAUGCGUAUUAAGAAAAGCUUCACGGAUCUUCGUGCCGCCGAACGCUUCAUCGCGGAAGCCAAUGUACAAGUUCGCAGGAGAAACAUUCGGACUUGGCGUCAAAUGACAACAAAUGGUCUUUCCGACUUGCAGCACGAUGAAACACGUGAAGCAAAUCGGCAGUACCGUCACAAUCGUCCAAGUGUCAACAUGUUGAGCAAAGACGAGAGCGGUCUCGCACCGCUGUCAUCAAAGCUACGUAAACGCCCCAGCACGAAUUUGUCCCCCCAAGGUGAACCCAGAAUAACAUCCCGAGCGAUGACGCUAGAGCGAAACCUUGUCAAAGGGAUUGACGGCACCAGAUGUGAAGAUAACAAUACAUUGUCGGUACUGCCGCGCGACACCGGUGUACUCGCACCUCCAACACCGCCGUCAAUAGGGAAGAGGAAACGGGCCAACACAACGACGUCAGAGCAGUCGGGGGAAGUGCAGAAGAAGAAACCAAAACUCGGUGUUGUGGGAAAGCUGGUGUCGCGACUUCUCGGAGCCAAAAAGGGGCGGUCGUCUACUUUCUCUGAUAUGAAUAGAUGA